AUGUCAACUGAUCAAAGAGAAAUUGAAGAGGAAAAGAUCCAGCAAACAGCAUGCCCAACUCCUCAUGGAGCUUCCAAGAGCUGCUGGAUCUUUCAGGAAUUAUCUGUAUCUCUACAAAGGCAGUUGGCCGCCUCCUCCUGUCCUGUUAGGCGCCAUGCUGAUGCAAACCCACUUCAAACAUCGCAUACAUACGGCGCAUAUUGGGAUCAUGUGUUAGGGUUUUGGAAGGCGGCCCUUAAAUCUCCGGACGAGGUAUUGUUCUUCAAGUACGAAGAGAUUAAGAGGGACCCGGAGGCUCAUGUUAAGAAGUUGGCUGAGUUCAUGGGAGUGCCAAUUUCAGUUCCGGAAGAGGAUAAUGGAAUGGUGAAAAAGAUUGCUGAGUUUUGUAGUUUUGAGCAUUUGACAAGCUUGGAGAUAACUAAGGCCGGAGCUCACAGGUUUAACGACAGGCAUGUGAUAUAA